AUGGAUAAAGAGUCAAAAGUCAAAGCUAUUGAGCAUUUGGAAAAGCAUAUGGCUCCUGGAGCUGUGCUGAUGCUAAGGAGUGCUCAUGGACUUAGAGCUUUCUUGUAUCCAAUCGUUGACCCUUGUGAUCUUAAGGGGUUUGAAGUGUUGACCAUUUAUCACCCCUCAGAUGAGGUGGUUAACUCGGUGGUGGUCGCACGUAAGCUCCGUGGCUCGAGUGAAGCUCGUAACAGCCAGAUCGGACGGUGUGUGGUUAUGCAUUGUAAUUGCUCGAAGAUCCAUGCCAUUAUGAACUGUCGUGGUAUGAUGAAGAAUAUGGUCGAAGAGUUUACUGCUAUUGAGUAA